GCGGAAAUGGAUAUACCAGCAGAAUAUGAGGGUAAUAUAGAGAAAUACUUGGAUGAUUUGUUAGAAUUCGUCAGCGAUGAAUACGUCAAAUCUUUAGUUAAUACACACACUAAUAGCCCUAGAUUGAUGCAGAGAGAGUGGUCAAAUGAAGAAGCCUUUUCAGAGUGGAUGAAUUGGGCGGAGAAACACAACGACGAGAGUGAUGAAUGGAAAGACGAGCAAAUACGUUCGAUUGCAAUCGGUAUUAUACGCGAAGAAUGGCCAAAUAGUCUACAAAAUCAUAUACGGAAAUGUAACAGACUUGGUUUACCUAGGGAAUACAAAAACUACGAGAGGCCAACGACAAAGCGGAUAAACUUGAAAUGUGGUAGCGUAAAUAAUCUCGGUAUGACACCAAAGAAGAUUCACGAGUGCGAGAGGCUCUCAACACUCAUUGGAAAUGAUUUCGAACAUCACAAGAAUCUAAUAGAUGUUGGUAGCGGACAGGGUUAUCUUUCACGGACACUCAGUCGGGCACCAUUUGAUUUCCAGGUUUUGGCAGUAGACAGUGAUGCAAACAAUGUCCAGCGGUCUGAGUAUACAUCCAACAAGCGCGAUAUUGGUCUCACAACUGGGAGAUUGGACCACGCGGUUGCAUUCCUCGAUAGGGCAAGCCUUGAGCGCGUCAACCGUGAGUGGGAAGCUCGCGGUAAUGAGCGUAGCACACUCAUUGGAUUGCACCCAUGCGGAGAUCUCUCCGUCGAAGUUAUAGAAGCAUUCCUCGAUGGUGUUGACGACUACGAUGGAUUGGUACUCGUCAGCUGCUGUUAUAAUCAACUAUCAGCCAAGAAUUUCCCCCUCUCGCAGCAAGUACGUAGCCAAAUAGAGCGACUCCCUGAGGGUCGAUUCGAAUGGGAAUAUGACUAUUUUGGCUUGACGGUGCACACGCUCGCUCAUUGGACUUAUGAACCUAAAAAGUAUUGGGACAUGGCUAGAGCCCCCAUGUGGAAGCUCCUAUGCAGGUCUCGUCUCGCUGAAUGUCUCCGUCGAGUGGGUAGACCUCAUUUCAGUGAAAACAGACUGGGCAAACUCCGCGACAGACAUUACAAAUCCUGGGAAACCUACCGACAGGGCGCAGCAGAGAAACUUGGCCUUGAACCAUCUGAAUUAGCUGAUGACAUCGAUGAUGAAUUCUGGAGUCUUAUCGAUUGGCGUAUGAAAGUAUUCUGGACUGCCAAAGCGCGCUGUGGAGAUAUGUUCGAAUCGCUCAUCCACCUUGAUAGGUUCCUUUACGUAUCUGAACGUACGCGGAAUGAAGCAAACACAAUCGUAAAGCUUCUGCCUGUAUUUGAUAGAGACACAGGUAGUGCGCGCAACCUCGCAUUAACAAUUGAUAGAAUAAAAAAACAAUGUAUAGAUUAG